AUGGAUGGAGAGAGUGAGAGGAUAGACAAAGUGAGAAUAAGAGUGAGAAUUAAAAACAGGACAGGUGUUGGGGUUUGGGGGGUGGAUGACGAAGAAGUUGGGGAUGAAGAAGAAGGAUCUACUUCGUUGGAGGACGAUGAUAUCGAUGAGGAUGAGGAUAACUAUCUUGUGGAGGAUGACUAUGUUGGGGAUGGUAAAAAUGCACUCGUUUCCUUCAAAAACUCCAUCACUUCCGACCCUUAUGCUAUCUUGAGCACCAAUUGUUCCCAAAAUACAUCAGUUUGUAGUUGGAUUGGUGCGUCGUGCGGCCUCAAACACCAGCGCGUCACUGCCCUCAAUCUCUCUGGCUACGACCUUGCUGGAACUGUUGCUCCACAUCUUGGAAACCUAACGUUUCUCAGAUAUUUGGACAUCAGUUCCAAUAGUUUCACUGGGAUCUUACCCUUUGAGCUCUCUGAACUGCAUCGUCUGAGGGUGAAUAUGGGAAUGAAUUCAUUCACUGGAGAAAUACCAACAUGGUUGGGCAGUUUACCUCAACUGGAAAAACUCUAUUUGUACAACAACAUUUUCUUAGGAAUAAUCCCUGAAGAAAUAGGGAACCUUCCACAGUUAGAGAUGUUAAGCAUCCCAAGCUCCUCUCUGACCGAAAAUAUUCCAUCUUCAGUGUUCAACAUAUCUUCGUUGAAAUUCAUGGACCUCUCUAACAAAAGUUUGUCUGGAAAUAUCCCAACUUUUCACAAUGUACCUAAGUUGGAGGAAUUAUAUCUGCUUCGUAACAACUUACAAGGAAUCAUCCCUGAUGAAAUAGGGAAUCUUUCAUAG